AAAAAUCUCCCCCCUUUGUUAUCGGAAGCAGGCGAAAACCUAAGCUCCCUUUGCUAACGCCAUGGACGUAAGCGAUAUCCAGGAAGAUCUAAUGGCUGAAGAAGACUCCAUGGACGAUCUCAUCAGAGACCGAUUCAGACUCUCCGCUAUCUCUAUCGCCGAAGCCGAAGCGAAGAAAAGUGGAAUGGAGAUAGCAGGACCUGUUGUAGCAUGCGUGGCCGAUCUAGCCUUCAAAUACGCAGAGAAUGUUGCAAAGGACCUUGAACUCUUUGCUCAUCAUGCUGGACGCAAAGUUGUCAAUAUGGACGAUGUUGUUCUCUUCGCGCACAGAAACGAUAACUUAGCUGCGUCUUUGAGGUCAAUGUGCAAUGAGCUAAAGGCAAAGGAGCCACAAUCUGAGAGGAAACGCAAGAAAGUGUCAACCAAGAAAGAUGACAAAGCCAGUAGUAGCAAUGCUGGUGUUCGCACAACCGAUCUCUAAAUCUUCACUGCAUACGUUCCUAUAAAUAAUAAUGUAGAUACAAACUUGGUGACGAAAGGCUAAAUGUCCUGGAAGAUUUUGUGCAGUUUUUUACAAGACUUUUGCAUUAACUCUCUUACUUUAAAAUCUUAACUAG